CGAGUCAGGAUCCAUUUUGUUGCCAUUCAGAGUCGGAGAGGAGAGACAGACCAUCGUACCAUUAUAAUAGUGGUUUCACAAAUUGGUGGAAAUAGCGAUCUACCAUCACACAUAUACUUUAACCGUCAACCUGACACAUAUCUGACGAAGGGCUUUCACCAUCCAAGCCAGAGGAAGUCGAUUUGUCUUCUCGGAGCACCGUGUUCCGAGGUGAAUUGAUGUUCAGCUCAGGAACGCGAGAAAACAUCGCUGAUCGGCACAUGAAAACCUCAGACCUUGCUGGACACAAAAGUGCAGCGAGAAGUAGAUCGAAAACUACUUUGAGGACCUGGAGCCCAAUUGGAGAGGAGAAAUUAAGAAAAAAAGAUCUCUGCUCAGUCAAUUUUCUGACAACAAAGAGGUGACAGUAGAGUGCUAGCAGUAUGGGAGGAGGAGAGAGGUACAACAUUCCUGUGUCCCACCCCGAGCGCCCCAUGCCCAAGAAAACCCACCACCUGGGCCGCGGCAAGCAGAAGGGCCGUGACGCGAGCGGCGUGUCCGCGGUGGCGUUGGCCGGGUUCCACCAGGCCCUCCGCAGGGCCGACAAGGCCCCGCUCUGGGCCGCCGAGGCGCGGCAGGCCGCGUCCCCUGACACGAGCGCUUCGGUCCGCUUCACUGCCAGCUACCAUCACAGCUGGGAGGGCGCUGUGCCCCACCUGAGCAUGCUGCUGGGGGCACAGGGCGGGGUGAGCUACGCAGGGGCCAAGUUCAGCGAGCCACCCUCCCCCAGCGUGCUGCCCAAGCCCCCCCACCACUGGACGACCCGGCCUGGGGACCACCGCGAGAUGAUGGCCUUCCAGCUGAAGAGUCUCCUCAAGGUCCAGGCCUGACCCCCCCCCCCCCCCCCGGACCACAGCCUCCCAGGGCUCGCCCGCCUGCAACACUGCAGCACUGUAAUACACGUACCUGUUUAUACGAGGCGCCACCUAGAGGUGGGAGGUCAGGCAUGGUGGGCCUUCAUGGCCAGUGUUCGUCACCCGAUGGUUUAUUUAGGUUUUUAAACAAGUCUACAGAUAUUACAGUAUUGCAGCCUUGCUGGUGGGUGCUCUCACUGGAGCCGGUUUUUGUAACUAACGAUGAACUGGAUAUCCUCUUGAGCUUUCUCUUGUUUAGUUCUUUAUUUGGUGGCUGUUGCAGUCGUGAGCCACUCCUCCCCGUGGGGGAAGACUCCUCCCCGUGGGGGAAGACUCCUCCCCGUGGGGGAAGACUCCUCCCCGUGGGGGAAGACUCCUCCCCGUGGGGGAAGACUCCUCCCCGUGGGGGAAGACUCCUCCCCGUGGGGGAAGACUCCUCCCCGUGGGGGAAGACUCCUCCCCGUGGGGGAAGACUCCUCCCCGUGGGGGAAGACUCCUCCCCGUGGGGGAAGACUCCUCCCCGUGGGGGAAGACUCCUCACGGUAGUUGUAAUCUCUUGAGGUCCGUUUCUGUGGACAGGUAUUGAUGAACAGUUCACAGGAGAAGACUAAGGUGCUAAAACCUCACAUCUCACAUUUGUUGAAUUUUAAAUUCUGACUGGUCUUUUUAAUUUCCCAUUCCCUGUUUCCCUGUGUGUUUGGGUCGCACAAGUCACUGGACUGUUCUGCAGGGAAGCCUGCUCUACUGGAGGUGGCUGUAGUGGGAGUGUGGAGUUUCCCCUCAACCUGAAGUGUAAUAUGAGACAUGGCACGCAGGCUCUGGACUGACACUCCUGUACUUUUUUUAUAGCGCUGCGCGCUCUGCACUAUAGGAGUGUCCAUGUCCAGGGCCCCAGGCUCAGUCGUGGCAUUAUUCUGAGAUCCUGUUUAGCGUCGUAGUGUAAAAGAAGGUGAUAACUGUGGGUCCGUUGUGUGUGUUAACCAAAGCAAUGUUUUUAGCUGUACUGUUGGACCUGGUCCCCGGUGCCACAUCCUCCAUGGCCCCCCAGCAGGGUGACCAGCAGGGUGACCAGCAGGGUGACCAGCAGGGGCGUCCUCCUCCAGCCACGUCUCUCUGGCGCCCCCCGCAGGGUGAGCGGGAGGGCCGUCCCACUGGGGCCCCAGGGCUGUUCUGCUUCUGGUGCUCCAGCUGGGGUGGCCUGCCUGCGGGGGGGGGUCAGAGGGGAGAGGUGGGGGGGGGUCGGGCGUGGUGUGGCCCAGGCGGACGCAGGGUCGAUCCGGAGGUGUUUACAUUUAGAAGCAGGUCUCAGAAUGUGGCCGCACUGCCUCUUGCACUGCAGUCAGAUCUGUGUUCAUGUGUUACUGGCCAACAUGCAUUCCUGUCAGACGUGCGUUAUUGACUAUCUCCCGGUGGACUGUGGAGGCACGGCGGUGUCUCGUUCCUCUCCUGUAGAACGCAAACUGUAACGGCCAGUUUAGGGAUGACUAAACAAGCGUUGAGAGCUUGCAGAUAUGUUAAGAGCCAUGUAAAUAAGGAAAUGUAUAAGAAUACUUGUAGCAUAUGUACAUUUUGCAGGGCAAUUUUAAACCUGCUUGAUAAAGUAUUUUUAGUAAUACACUGAAUGUAUAAGUCAUGCUAAGGACUUGACUUGACUUCAAAUGCUGAAGAUUAUUUUUGUAAAAAAAAAAAAUAACUGCCUCCGGCAUGUCAAUACCCCAGCACUGUGUCCUGUUGCCAGUGAUCUUGCACAUUAUGUUUUUAUUUUGUAUCAUGCACAGUGUAGGGUAUAUGAUGCUGCUGUGCACAAAGAAAAACUCCAAAUUUCCAUUACUUAAGGAGACUUUGAUAUGUAUGAAUUGUUCAUUUAUUUCUGAAUGCUCUUAUAACUUGAAAGCUUUUUUUGUUUUCAUUGUCUUAACCUUAUCGUGCCUGCCAUGGAUUCCAAAAUUGAAAAGUGAAGUUAUUGAACUGUUAACAGGUAGAUUUUGUGUUUUGGUAGGUACAGUCUAGACAGUUCUUCAAUGACAAUACAUUCAUGUGUGGAUGUGAAGCCAGCCGGCUGUGUCUGCCCCCCCCGCUGGCAGACACAGCCGGCUGGUACGGAUGGAGAUACUUCCACCAGUUCCUUUUUUAAUUUUGUU